AUGGCAGCCCUAUUAAACAAAAACUACGACGGUAACAAUCAACAGUUAUCGGUAACUGCAUUAAAUUUUACUUUACGGACCAUAAUUUUUAGCAGUAUUGCUAUAAACUUUUCGGUUAUGACCCUGCGUUUUUAUAGAUUAUUGGAAACAAUCUUUAUUAAGGAGACUUGGACAAGAUCAAAAGUGUCCGACUAUUUAUUACAUAAUAUGCCCGAGGACGUUACUGAACAGCUAUUAAAUUUAGCUGUAGAAGAAGAAGUACAAGUUGAAAGCCAUGAGGAACAGCCGGGUGAUUUGUUCUUUGAGGAUAAAUCUGCAGAUAUUAAAAUAGCCGCUGAGGAGGAGUUUAGUGAUACAAGCAGUCAGAAAUCUGCCAAAGAUACAGAUGCUGAAGAAAACGAGAAAGACUCAGAGAUCUCUGAUGAUAUAUCUGCGAAAAUAUCAUCAGACGAAAGUGACAAUGAAUAUGUAGGCAGUAUCCUACGCAAGACAAAUGAUGCACAAGAAUUCGAAGGCAAUAGUGAUCAGUUAAAAUCGUCUCCAUCAAUAAACGGUAAUAAAGGCAACAAUGAGGAAUGUAUCUUGAAAGAUGAUGAACAACGGAAACACAAUAAGACUGUAGAAGCCAAAGAGGUCAAGGACCAAAUCGGUACAACAACUAAGAAUGGCAAACAACCGACUGCAGAUACUUCAAGGGAUGAUGAGAGUAACCUUAAGAAAUUAAAGUCUGGCUCUAGGAAAAGGAAAAUUCAACCCAAUAUCAUGCUCAAGGAUAAUAUGCAUCAGGAAGAAAGUAUGCAAGGGCAAAAGAGAAUCACUCGCUCUUAUUCUUUAAGAAAUAAACGUCAUUAA